GUCCGCGCGGAGAGUGAACAUGACGACCCGGUCCCUGUGCAGAGUCCUGAAGCCCGUGUUCGGAGAGCGGUUGUUCCGGGUAGGACCAGCCUCUGAGUUUAAAACCAGAGUUUCAACACUUGCUUAUGGUGCAACCACAUGCCACCAGAGAAACAAAUCCACUUACACAAACAUACCUCCACCUGCGCUGUACGGAGGUAGACACACGGUGACUCUGAUCCCUGGAGAUGGCAUUGGGCCAGAACUUGCCCACCAUGUCUGUGAUUUGUUCCGGUUCUGCUGUGUGCCAGUUGACUUUGAGGUUGUUCAUGUUGAUUCAGCUAUGACUUCUGAAGAUGAUAUCAACAACGCCAUAAUGGCUAUCAGGCGCAAUGGAGUUGCACUGAAAGGCAACCUUGAGACCAACCAUAACUUGCCACCUUCCUACAAGUCCAGAAACAAUCUUCUCCGCACCACUCUGGAUCUGUAUGCCAAUGUGAUGCACUGCCAGUCUUUUCCAGGAGUAAGGACCCGCCACAAAAACAUUGACAUCAUGAUCAUCAGAGAGAACACUGAAGGAGAAUACAGCAGCCUGGAACAUGAGAAUGUUCCUGGUGUUGUUGAAUGUCUGAAGAUCAUCACCAGGGCCAAGUCUCUGCGUAUUGCUGAUUACGCUUUCAGAACAGCUCGGGAGAAAGGACGCAGAAGAGUCACUGCUGUACACAAAGCUAACAUCAUGAAGUUAGGUGAUGGUCUCUUUCUGGAAUGCUGUAAGGAGGUUGCCAGUGGUUACCCUGAAAUCGCCUUCGACAGUAUGAUUGUGGACAACACUACUAUGCAGUUAGUUUCCAGACCCCAGCAAUUUGAUGUGAUGGUCAUGCCGAAUCUGUAUGGCAACGUUGUGAGUAAUGUGUGUGCUGGAUUGGUUGGUGGACCGGGUCUGGUUCCUGGAGCCAACUACGGAGAGGACUACGCAGUCUUUGAAACGGGCACCAGGAACACUGGGAAAAGCAUUGCUAACCGAAACAUAGCAAACCCUACAGCCAUGCUGCUGGCCUCCUGUCUGCUGCUGGAUCACCUGAAGCUCCGCGCUUAUGCCAGCAUGAUCCGCAGAGCCAUCCUCACCACUGUCACUGAGACUCGGCUGCACACUGCUGAUCUGGGGGGCCAAGGCUCCACCUCUGAAGUUGUCCAGACUGUCAUGAAAGCAGUCCAGAGCACCGGACCACUGACCCUGAGCAUCUAGAACAUAAAUGUACAAAGAUAAAUCCUAUAUUCUUCCUCCGUCCAGUAAAUCUUUUAUGCAAUGUCAUAACAGAAAUAUGUUCAAUAGGGAUACUGAAAUUGCUCUUUGCACAUUGCUUUAACUUUAUACAAUUUAAGUUGUAGAGUAGCACAUUAUAAUUCUAUAAUUCUUGUAGAUCUGAAGUGAAGUAUUAUGACUUUAUUAUGUAUUAUUCAUAUAGUGUGAAGUACUACUGUACUGUUCCUGAAUGUACUAUACAUGUUAUGUUGAGCUCAGAUGUAGAUCUGACCUUCAUUCCUAAUAAAUCCUGUGGCAGCUCU